GGAAAGGACUCUUAAACACUUGUUAACAUUUCUCCUCUCAUCUAAAACAAUUCGUUACAUAAAAUGAUUAACCCUCAUAAUCAUUGAGAUUAUUUAUUCUUCCUUAUGCCUUGGUGUCCUUCUUUCAUAAUCUAAUUAAUAUCAUUCAAACCUCAUCUUCUAAUCACCACACAGUCUAGUAUACUAUACUACUACUAGCUAAAGCUACAAACUCUGAUGUUGACUUUGUAUAAUCAAGAGAGCUCAUCAACAGAGAUCACCACCACAAGUACUGAUGAUUCUUCCAAUCACCGGGACGAGACUCCGCCGUCGUCAGAGACAGUCGUGAGAGAUAUUCACGCCAUGACGACGACGGAGAUGCCUCGUCCACAGCAAAGAGGAGGACACUUGUCUCCCACGAGGUCCGUGAAUUUUAGCGAUGGAGCUUCUUCUGCUGGAGAGAACUUCACCACAGUGAGUAGAGAGUUCAACGCUUUAGUCAUCGCUGGCUCUUCUAUGGACACUAACAACAACAACAACAACAACAACCAAUCCAUAAGUCAUCGUGACGUCAUCAACGAGCUGACUAGGAUCAGUGAAGAUGAAGACGCUCGUGGUGGUGGUGAUCAUCAGCAUCAUCAGGUGCCUGAGGAGGAUACAAACCCGUGGGCUAUAGUACCGGACGGUUAUGAUAACCGGGCCGGUUCGGAGAAUAUUGUGACGACAGCUUCAUCAAGUGGUCAGAAUCGGAUGGUGGCGGCUGCUUCGGUGCAAAGGGUGAAGAGGGAUGAGGUGGAAGCAAAGAUAACGGCGUGGCAGACGGCUAAGUUGGCUAAGAUUAAUAAUAGGUUUAAGAGACAAGAGGCGUUUAUUAACGGUUGGUUAAAUGAGCAGGUCAAUACAGCUAACUCUUGGAUGAAGAAAAUCGAGAGGAAGUUGGAGGAAAGGAGAGCAAAGGCGAUGGAGAAGACGCAGAACAAAGUGGCGAAAGCUCAGAGGAAGGCGGAGGAGAGGAGGGCUACGGCGGAAGCAAAGAGAGGUACGGAGGUUGCUAGGGUUCUUGAAGUCUCUAAUCUCAUGAGAGCCGUGGGAAGACCUCCUGCAAAACGUUCAUUUUUCUCUAUCUCCUAGCUAAGCGACGUUUCAUUCCAACUCCAAAGAUUUCAUGUGUAUAAUAUUAAUAAUAUAUAUAUGCUACAAAUGAAUCAAAUUCUACUGGGAAUCAAUGUGUAUAAAUAGAAUGUAAUAGCGAUUGUAUGUUUUCCACAAAAGGUUAUUGUCUUACAUGUACAAGUUGGGGGAUUUUUUAUCAAACUCUGAGAUGCCUGGAUUUUAAUUUACAUGCGUAAAUUGUAACCAGAUUAGGAUGCUUAUUCUUUUAUACUUGCAUACCUAUCAUGUUAUUUUUCUUAUGAAAGUUGAAAUGUAAUAGUCCAAUACUUCAGUCAACUGUAGAUCAAUAAAAG